GACUGGUAAGAGAGAGAGAGAGAUGGGAUCAGUGACAAAAAUAGAUGAAGUAAGAGAAGAUGAAGAAGAGGCACAAGCAAAAGUUGAAAUAUGGAAAUACAUAUUUGGCUUUACUAAUAUGGCAGUUGUGAAGUGUGCCAUUGAGCUUGGAAUAGCUGAUGCCAUUGAAAACAAUGAAGGCCCUAUGACACUAUCAGAGCUAUCAUCCUCACUUGGAUGUGCUCCUUCCUCUCUUUACCGCAUUAUGAGGUUCUUAGUCCAUCACAACAUUUUCAUAGAGAAACCUUCUAGCCAAGGCACCACGGUUUAUGUACAGACAGCACUUUCUCGCCGACUACUUAAGAAGGGAGAAAAGAGCAUGGUUGAUCUUCUUUUGUUGGAGAGCAGCCAUGUAAUGAUGGCACCAUGGCAUAAUCUUAGUUCCCGUGUCCUGAACGAUAACAAUUCACCAUUUGAGGGGGCUCAUGGAGAUGAUAUAUGGAAAUAUGCGUUGGCAAAUCCAGUUCACAGCAAGCUCAUUGAUGAUGCAAUGGCUUGUGAUGCUAAGCUGGUAGUGCCAGAAAUAGUUGAAGGUUUUCCAGAGGUGUUUGAUGGGGUUAAAACUUUGGUGGAUGUUGGUGGGGGUAAUGGGACUACUUUGCAGAUGCUGGUUAAGGCUUUUCCUUGGAUCCAGGGCAUAAACUUUGAUCUUCCCCACGUUGUUUCCGUUGCUUCAGAAUCUGAAGGUGUUAAGCAUGUUGGUGGUGACUUUUUUGAGAGUGUUCCAAAGGCUGAUGCUGCUUUCCUAAUGUGGGUUCUUCAUGACUGGAACGAUGAAGAGUGCAUCCAAAUCCUGAAAAACUGUAAAGAAGCUAUACAGAGUGACAAGGGGAAGGUGAUAAUUGUUGAAGCUGUGGUUGGUGAAGAGAAAGGCGACAAACUUGAAUUUGUGAGGCUAAUGUUAGACAUGGUAAUGAUGUCUCAUACCGACGCAGGCAAAGAAAGGACCUCUAAGGAAUGGGGAUACGUUCUUAAGGAGGCUGGCUUUAGCAGCUACACCAUAAAACCAAUUCGUGCAGUGCAAUCUGUCAUUGUUGCUUCCCCUUGAUCUCCACAGUGAUUUAAGAAUUAAUAAUUAUGAAGUUAAUUUGUAUUUCAGUAAAGCUCAGUCUAAUGACGCUUUUACUUGUACCCUGCCUUGUAUUGUAAGAAUGGCUACUGCAUGCUGUUUAAUAUGUUUUCUAUGUUCAAAAUCGGUCUUCUACGUCUGCUUGUUCUAUAUCUUCAUCUAGGAAGACUCUGUAAUAUCUAGCAGGAUUCCUGAUGUUGUAGAUUGUCAUUCAUAGAGGUCACUGUUCCAUAUCAAAAGAUCAAAAGACAAGAUGUCAAUUCUAUAUAUGAUGAGUCCCUUGUUUGCUUUA